GGCCUUGCCGAAAUAGGCGCUAUCUGGGCUUGCUUGUUUUGCGGGGAGCAGCCAGCGGUUGGGCGUGUGUGUUUAUGCUCGGCGCUGGGAAGGCGCUAUUAUUUCGGCGCUAGACGAGUGAAGGAUUUUGAGAAGACCGCUUUCUUCCAAGGGGCUCGUUCGACGUCCGCCUCGCGUCGUCGACCGAGAGAUAAACCCGGCACACCUUGAAACGACGGGAGUGCGCUGACAGCGCCGGUAAACGCAGCCGAACAUGCCGGUGUUUCACACCAAGACCAUCGAGAGCAUCCUCGAGCCAGUCGCGCAGCAGCGCAAGAGAUCACGGAAAGUACCUAUUGAAAAGCGUGGGGGUCUUCACAGAAAGACGCUUGUCCAAUCUGAGAGGGCGGCACGCUUCGUCAGUGUCGCUUAUGCGGGAUACCGAACUGUAUCCCGUCUGGUGAUCCUCCACGAAGAAGCCGAAGAUGGCAACGCCAUGCCCGAUCUCGAGCGUCCCGUCAAAGCUGUCAGCAUGGCCGUCUCCAACCUCAUCAAGGUUGGGCGUGAGACGAUCAACAGCAGCGACGACCAGAUCCUGCGACAGGACAUGCCUGCCGCCCUGCAGCGGGUCGAGCAGUCCUCCAAACUUCUCGAGGAGGCCUCGGCCAUGCUCAAGGCUGACCCCUACUCGCAACCUGCCCGCAAGAAGCUGAUUGAGGGUGCUCGGGGCAUCCUGCAAGGAACAUCUGCCCUUUUGCUCUGCUUCGAUGAGUCCGAGGUGCGCAAGAUCAUCCGCGAGUGCAAAAAAGUGUUAGACUACCUGGCAGUGUCUGAAGUGAUUGAGUCCAUGGAAGACCUCGUUCAGUUUGUCAAGGACAUGAGCCCGUGCUUGACGAAAGUGUCACGUGACGUGGAUGCCCGGGAGAAGGAGCUGACCCACCAGGUGCACCGGGAGAUUUUGAUUCGCUGCCUCGACUCGGUCAAGGUCCUGGCGCCCAUCCUCAUCUGCAGCAUGAAGAUCUUCGUCCAGAUCCUGGCACAGUCGGGCAAGGGUGUUGAGGAGGCGGCAGAGAACCGCAACUACCUGGCGCUGCGCAUGACGGAGGAGAUCAACGAGAUCAUCCGCGUGCUCCAGCUCACCACCUACGACGAGGAGGAGUGGGAUGCCGACAACCUCACCGUCAUGAAGAAGGCACAGAACGCCAUUGCGGGCAAGAUCCAGUCUGCGCAUGACUGGCUGGAGGACCCAAUGGCUGUCACCGGCGGAGUUGGUGAGAAGUCGCUGCGGCACAUCCUUGACUAUGCCAAGCGGGUUGCCGACCGGUCUUUGCCAGCCGAUGGUGACGCUAUCCGCAAGCUCUGUGGCGACCUCGAGUCUAUGACCAAUGCUCUGUGUGAACUGCGCCAGGAGGGCAAGGGUGCAUCGCCCCAGGCUCAGUCGCUGGCUCGCGGUGUUGGUCUCAAGUUGCGCGAGUUGAACAACCUCAUUGGCCAGGCCAUCACCAAUGUGGAGCGUAGCGGCAUCCAGCAGUUGGCGCACACCGUGGGCGGCCGCGUGGAACAGGCACUUAAGUGGCUGGUCAACCCUGGUGUCUCGGACCGUGGCCUCGGCGAGCAUGCCAUCCAGCUGACGGUGGAGGAAGGCCGGCGGACUGCGGAGAGCUGCCCGAUGCCGCAGCGAGCUGAGAUCGUUCAGCUGUGCAACGAGAUUGACUCGCUCACGCGCAAGCUCAAGGACCUGUGCAGGCGAGGCCAGGGCAACUCUCCUGAGGCGCUGCAGACUGCUCGACUCAUCUCGUCCAAGCUGCUCGAACUGAAGCACAAGAUCCAGAAGGCUCUCGUCAACAGGGUGGUCGAGGAUUUCAUCGACAUCACUACUCCUUUGAAACAGUUCACCGAGGCGGUGCACGCUCCUGAGGGUACACCCAAUAGAGAAGCGAACUUCCAGGACAAGGCUCGCAACCUGACCGAGUUCUCGCAGAAGGCAGCUCGCACAGCCCGAAACGUUGCUCUCGGUGGCGCGUCAAACAAGAAGCUUGCCGAGGCGCUCUUGUCCUCAGCAGCUCAGGUGGAGAGUUUGACCCCGCAGUUAGUGAAUGCUGGGCGCAUCCGCAUGACCUACCCAGACAACAAGGCUGCGGAUGAGCAUUUUGAAAACCUCCACAAGCAGUACUCGGAGAGCAUGAUGCACAUGCGGAACCUUGCUGACGAGGCCACGGACACUGCGAGCUUUGUCAAGGUCACAGAGGACAUGAUCCUGAAGCACACCGAGCUGUGCGAGGACGCCAUGGCUCGGCAGCUGCCCCAGCAGAUGGUGGACAACACGUCGAGUAUUGCUCGGCUGGCCAACCGUGUCCUCAUGGUGGCCAAGCAGGAGUCGGACAACUCCGAGGACCCCAUCUUCAUUGGCCGGGUCAAUCAGGCCGCCGACAGCCUCCAAGGCACUGUGACCCCCAUGAUCCAGAAUGCCAAGCAGGUGGCCACCCGUAUCUCGGACCCAGUGGCCCAGUCCCGCUGGAGGGAGUCCAACAAAGCGCUCAUCAACGCGGUUGGCCAGGUGCGGCAGGCUGUGACAGUGACGCCCGAGGAGGAGCUGCUUCCGCACCUCAUGGGACUGCAAGCAAACGCCAAGCCAACCGUGCGGUCUCACGACGUCAGGGUUCCCGACUUUAAUGAAAUGUUUGACGUCAAGAUUGAAGUGCCACCGGCUGAGAAACGCCCGCCUCCCAAGAGAGAAGUGGUGGCGGAACCGCCCAUUCAGAAGACGACCAUUCCCAGGCAGUUGCAGGAACACAGCUACCCAGAGGAGGCCCCACCGAGACCCCCACUGCCAGGAUCUGGGGAAAGGGCUCCACCGAGGCCACCACCACCGUGUGAAACUGAUGACGAAUUUGAAGAACGCUUCCCACCUCCUCAGCCGAACCAGCCCAUCAUGAUAGCAGCACAUGGCUUGCACCAGGAGGUUCGUCAGUGGUCGAGCAAGGACAACGAGAUCAUUGCGGCCGCCAAAAGGAUGGCUAUCCUCAUGGCACGACUCAGCCAGCUGGUCAGGGGUGAAGGGGGCACCAAGAAAGACCUGAUUGCCUGCGCCAAGCAGAUUGCCGAAGCUUCUGAAGAGGUGACUCGCCUUGCCAAGGAGCUCGCUCGCAUGUGCACCGACAAGCGCAUGAGGACGAACAUUCUGCAAGUUUGCGAGCGCAUACCAACGAUCGGCACUCAACUGAGAAUACUGUCCACCGUCAAGGCCACCAUGCUUGGUGCUCAGGAGCCCAUACCGACGCCCGACGGGAGCGAGAUUAUCUGCGGCACGGAGGAGGACCAGGAGGCGACGGACAUGUUGGUUGGCAAUGCCCAAAACCUGAUGCAGUCGGUCAAGGAGACUGUGCGUGCCUGCGAGGCAGCCUCCAUCAAGAUCCGCACAGACUCCGGACUGCGCGUCCGCUGGAUCCGCAAGCAGCCGUGGUACCAGUAUUAGACGGAGACGCCAGAUCACGACAGAGCACAAAUGCAGAGCCUUCAAUCAGCCCUCUGCUGUGCGUCCCUUUGAUAAUGCUGCAUUACAUGAAUUGCCACAAAACAUUGUAGCAGCAUCCAGGGAAAGCUGCUGCAAGGAGGCCAGGUAGUGCAGAUGUGGAGUUCUGCAAGCCACGGUUGCUUCAGGUUGCAGGUGAUUGUCGUGCGGUAAUUGGAACAGGGAAUGACUCAUCCACCGAGAAAUUCUACGUCGACCCCUGGACUGCUGUUCUGGGUGCACCUUGUUAACAGUCCUUUGUUUUAGCAUCUCUCCUUUGGUGUUUCUUGUUAUAAGUGGGUCUUUGCAUUGUUGAGCUUAUGUUACUGUUUACACUUAAGUAGUGUAGUCCUUUGUUCGUUGACCUCAUUGUUGGCGUAGCGAGAGUUUUUGUUGACCCUGCUAACCAGCUUUAUCUCAUCAACUUGAGGCAGGGCAAGCCCACUUAAUGGUUCAAAUUGUAUUAUGUCGUACGCACAAUAAUGGUCUCUACGUUUCAAUUGAAAAUUUUGGUUGCAUUUUCAAGUUCGAAGUGCAACCAUAUUUUUAGUUGGCGACUAUUGCGGAAGAGCUUGUUCUUUUCUCUUGAGCACUUCCGUCGUGUUUUUUAAAGAUUUCCUUCAUGGGGUAGUCGAAUUAUGUUGUGCUAAAUGAUUUUAAGUUUUCUUAGCAGUUAGUGCACUCCACCCGGCAGUGAAAAAACAUAUCUGAGACAGGGUAUCUGCCACUGAAUACUUAGUCGGUGCUUGCUUGGCUGCUGAAAAGAAGCUUUUACUUUCUUGGCAAAUAUCGCACUAAACUUACAAGUAAGCUCGCUUAGAUUGUGCGAUACAAGUAUAGCUACACAUGGCUCUGUCACAACCUUAGCGUACAUUUGUGCAAAAGUUUCUUCGAUGCAUUUCCGAUUUAGGCAUGCUCAGAAGCAGACGAGUGUUCGUGCAAAUGAUUUUUAUAUUGCAACGGGGAGUGGUCCUCUUUGCCCACUGAAGACGAGUGUGCUAGCAUAGUCUAUUUUUGGAUGACGUUAUAUUACUGACAACUUUACUUCGGUGACUACCAACGUGUCUUCCAUGAGUUGGAACAACAAAGGCUAAUAAUGAUCCUUUCACUGAGCUACAUAGCAUUGAGGAUUUGUCAGUUUAUUUUUGUCUGUGGGAGUUAUCCCACAGUGAAAUGUUUUCACACUGUUGAAAGUCAAUGACUUGUAUAUUCUAGCACACCUGGACUAUUAACAGGAGUAGUUUUAACGCACUUUUACAUCUAGCUUAAUCUGAAACAGUCCAUAAAUCAAGCAGUUCUUUUAGAUUUUAAAUGAAUGCCUGUGCAUUUCUGUGCAACAUGGUUGCCGCAACGUGUUCUAUGCAUUGUUUGUCGAUCUCUUCGGUAAAGAGUAGCUGUUCUCAACUUGUGUCUCAGUUUGCUUGCACCCAAAAGUCACGUCCUGCCCUGCUUCUUGCAUGCUCCAAGUUUGUCUGAGCUGGGCCAUGUGCAAAUCAUGCAUUUUCGUCUUUCUCUAUUAACCCAGUUUUUAACAACCUUAAUUUUUUUUAAAGAAACCGGUGUUUGUUCCGUGUUUUAAAAAAAACAUUGAGCAUUUGUACACGCUGCUUUGCUCGAAGGAACUGGAGAGAUUCUGAGAUGAUCCUCACUCUCGCACACGGUUGUGCCAUAUGUCUCUGGAAUGUCUUUUAUUUUGAACCUUUUACAUUGUCGUGUGUACUCAUUUUAAAGAUACGCGGGUUGUUCCGUUGCCUCUGGUGAUCCAAAAUGGUAUCGAGUUGUCGAGUGCUGUGUUGGCUAGACAGCCUAUGCUAGUGUCACUGCCCAUCCAAAACAGCCCAAAUAGGUGUCAGCACCAUUUUUUUUUUUCUGAACUUGAAGAUAGAAAGCUUUCUAGUUUCACUUUCCGCCUGGGCAUAUGUUGUAUUACUUUGUAAGUGUUUCUAAUGGACAAUGCAGUUAUUUCAGUUUUCAGUACCCAGCUUAUUGUACUUAGCAUUUUGAUACACGUAGUUUUACUUGCCCUAAGUAAUGACUGCAACGUGAGAGUAGUGGUGUUUCAAAGUCCCUGUGAAACUCUUGCCACGGACAUGUUUUGCCAUGCAUUGUAACGUCCAGGUGCUUAGCAAGAGCAAUUUAGAGUGAUUUUGCUUGCGUCGACUACAUAUGGAUGUGCUAAUCAACUGGUGAUAGGACAAGCUUCAAAGAAGGAGCGCAUACUAGCUUGUUUUGUGAGAGUUCCGUAGCCCAAAAGCCCGUAGCUCUUUUGCAGCGACUGUGGCCUUAAGCAACAUCGCAUUCUUCGUGUCCAUCAUACGGAGCCAUCUCGUACCACCAGAGGCAGUGGACGUUCAAGUGCGAAAAGCUGUGCCCGAAUAAUGUCACGAUUCUGUUUCACUUCUAUGUCAGUGCGAUUAUGUUUUUGACCCUUUUGUCCUUAGGGUUGUACAGUCAAUUAUCGAUAAUUCGAACUUCAAGGAGCAUUAAAACCUGUUUGAACUAAUGUAGUUUGAAUUAAAGGAAGCUCAUUGAAUGGAGGAAUUGCGUGAAGCACUGCAUUAGGCGGAGCAUGUGCACCGAGCUCGCACAUGGGUGACCAGUUCUGGAAGUAUGGCUUCAUGGCAGCGUGACAUGUGCUGCCGUGAAGCUGUACGUCUAGGCAAAAUUUGCGCUGCUGUGAAGCUACACCUCAGGGCAAAAUUAGCAUGUAACCCACACCACGACACUACUGUUAAAUUCAAAAAAAUUUGGUGUAGGUAAUGUGUGCAAAAAUAUGGUACUUGCAACAGGAGAUGGGAGCAGCAGCCGGUGCGCGGCCGCACUGCCAGGCCAGAAGCGCCGUCACAUGAGUUGGUGCGCUUUUGAGAGUACAGCCGGCGGCACGGUGUGUUCGAAUUAACUGUUGAAAACGCUUACUUGUUCGAAUCACCGGGCGUUUGCACGCAUUGAUGUACACAUAAUUUUAACAAGACUGCUACGUCAGUUCGAAUAAACUGGAAGUUCAAAUUAAGCAGGUUUGAAUUAACGAGAUUUCACUGUAAAACAUCAUCAUUGUUACCUUUUGAAAUCGAUGACUCGCUGCAAUCCAUGAUGAUAAAUGGAGUAGGAGAGAGUCGCAUUAUUCUGGCACUACUUUCUCUGAUGUCUUUUCGUGCCGACUAUCACUUUUUUUGUCACGGUGAAUUGUUCUUGGUGUGUUGUUCACCUGGUGCGUGUCUGUAAAUCGCCCAGCUUCAUUUACAACACAUUUGGCGAACGUUUUAAGCAGUUCGUGCAAGCAGUGUCGCAGUUGAGGUGUGUGGAUCAGUGUCACAAAUGUGUCUCCUGAAGUGUGCAGUGUUUUUUGUCCAGGGUUCACUCAAGAACACAUCAUUCACGUUUGCAUCAAAUGCGUUUUUACUCUUGAGUUUGGUAUGGCUUGAUUGCAUCGGUACCAAUGGUGUGCAAAGUGCAAAAUUUUCUCUAGGUUUAGAGAAACCAUACCCGUGUAACCGGCCGGUUAGCUGUGAGCUAGCUGGGUCUUCAUGCACUACAGCAGUUGGAACUUUUGUGUAAUUAGCAUAAGUCGUGAUGGUGCAUUUGGCCUCAUUUGUUUUAAAAACACCCAGACUGUAAUGUGGUCAUUGACUAAAUUUAACCUUGAAUACUAAAUACAGGUAACUUCAUUUCAUGCAGACACGCAAAGUACAAUUCACUCUUAGAGAGAACACAUGACUAGUGUUCACACCAAGGUUACUUGAAUGCAUCAUGCACUCCGUAAGAAAGAAAGUGCUUCAUGUGGCACAUUGGUUGGCUUAUAAUGGCAAGAAAUUAUUGCCAAGGGCCUUCGUGUCAUAAGCGAGCUGUAAUCAGUCCCGAAGUACUAGUUUGGCGUUCCCUUUAACAGUGGGCCAUACUGUACAAGAAGCAGGCACAUACUGUUGUUGAAGCUGGGAGGGUUCAGGAACAGCUGGGAGGGAUUACGUGCAACAAGAUGGCAUUUAAUGCAUGUUCGUGUGUGGCUUCUGCUCCUCUCCUCACGGCCAAAGGCUCAAGUGAUUUGCGUGCGAGGAGUGACAUGUUCUCGUUUUGUUUGCGCUUGCAGGCGUUGGUGGUGCCUUUCAUUCAUUAUGCAAAUGCUUUUCUUAUGCAAUGUGCCACACUCAUGGGGCAGUGUGCCCUUGAACUCCCAGUGCUUUUUUUACAUGCCAGUGACUACUUCGUGUACUGCAAUAACCACCUUUAUUUCUUAUUUAUAUCAUCUAUUAGAGCUAAUAAAGUAAUUAUUACUCCUUA